AAAUGCAGCAAUACGCUGAUAGAAUCAUUUAUACCAGCUGCGAGUAUGGCCCCGAAAGAACCAUUUCAUACAACUCCAUUAACGUUAUCGGGGGACCAAGCAACUUUCCACUAUCCAAUACUGAUCAAUUGGAUUCUUAUUUGCUGAGCUCGUACGGCAACUGGAACGUGAUGGCGCCGUCUUUCGCGCCCGAGUUUGGGGUGGACAAAAUUCCCACCGAAGAUAACCCGCCGAUCGACGCCUUCAUUGUAGUUAGCUUCGAAAAGUCUGUGUACCCAACGGGAGUGGAAGUGUACGAAACCAUGAACCCUGGCGCCGUCUAUCGCAUCUGGGCUUACACGGAAUUCCGUCAGUGGAUGCUCCUGUGGGAUAAACGAGUAGACGCCGUGCACGAUGACAUUCGCAAUGCUGAUUUGAAAGAAUCUCGCAUCUUCGUGCCAGCCAUAAGAAUCAUCAACCAGCGAACAUGCGUGCUACGUGUCGAGUUUAGUACGUGCGAGUUAAACUACAUAUACGCGAUGGAUGCUAUCAUGCUCAAGAGCGCGAUGAGUAAUAUGGAUGAACCGAUACCUUUCGCUUACAUGUCCGAGGUUAAGGGAUGGCGAGAAGAUGGCGAAAUUACGCAUCAACCAACACCUUGUUCUCUAAUUGAAGAGGUUGUCAAGGCGUUGGAUGCUAGCACAUCUAAGCUUUCCUUGAAUGACAAGCAACAAAUGCAACCAGUGGACAACCGCAGGCUUCCUCAGCAGGUACCUAAGGAACCGCUGCAGCAAGGACCGUCUAUCACCAACUUGCCUUACGAAAUGGUUUACAAAAUUCUUACCUAUCUCGACUUAAAGUCGCUGCGUAACAUGGAGCAGGUGUCCGCUGCAUUCCGUAAUGUUGCGCGUGACCGACGACUGUACCGGGAAGUUAACUUACGUCCGUACUGGAUGGACGUGGAUUCAAAGCUGCUCACAUGGCUAAAAGAUCGCUGUGUUGAUAUACGCAAGCUCGAUCUGUCAUGGUGCGGAUUGUUCCAAACGUUUACGAAGCCGCAGUUGGAGAGGUUUCUUUCGAAGCACGGCCCCUCGUUGACGCAUCUGCGUCUGAAUUCAAUUGGAUUUCAUAAUUCUACGAUCUUUGGGAUAUCCAAUUAUACGAAUCUUACCGAACUGUGCCUGCAGAAUGCAGAUGUGAGCGACGUUCUAAAUUUGAAAAUGGAGCUUACCAAAUUGACCAGAUUAGACCUGUCGGGCGCAAUAAUCACAGGCCUUUCGCUGAAUAAUUUACUGUGUCGCAAUCAGGGACUGCAGCAUCUGAACCUUUCCUGCUGCAUAUUCAACUCGGUCCAGCUAACGCAAACGAUCGGUCGAUUUAAUCGUCAGUUGAUUAGCUUGAACUUGUUUAAAACGCGCAUAUGCCACGAGCAGGAUCUGAUACCGUUGACAAACUGUACCAAACUGCAGGAGCUUAACCUGGGCUACGCCAAUGACGAAUAUGUAGAGGAAAGUGAGCUUGGCCGUGUGAUUGAAGCGUGUCCGGAAUUACGGAAACUGGUGCUUGCUGGCUUUCGCGAUGUUCACAACAAUAAUAUCUUCGCGAUUGCACAGCACUGCCUCGAGCUUGAGUAUCUCGACCUGUUGGGCUGCAUUACAGUAACCGGUGAGUCUGUAAAUGCUCUCUUCAUCGGAUGUUCGUCUCUACGAUUUCUAGAAAUCAAUCACUGUUGGAACAUAAUGGACCACUGGAUAACCGAGUGGAAAGAACGUUACCCGAACGUUGCCAUCAAGUACGGUACGUACUAAAGCGAAACAGAAAAAGAAAUAUUAUCUUAUUUUACUUGUUAAUCUACAUUUGUAACUGUACUAUAUUUCACCUUAAAGAAAGCUAGUACAUUGUCAUCGUAAUGCCGACAUUUAAUUGGAAAUUCCCGUUGUGCGGUAUGAAAUUCAAACUAUACGCUUAAACACAGCAAUUGGUAGGAAAAUUUAAAAUUCACUUAAAUAGAUAAACAUACCACCGAACGGGAAAAUAUUAAAUGAUAUGCUCUGAUUAAUAUUUCUGAUUAAUUUCUGCUUAAAAUUCUCUUCCUUCAUUUUCCAACAAAAAUAAUAUUGGAAAUUUCGAUUAUCAUUUACUUCCAUCAACUCAAAACUGGUUGAUUUAGGUUGUUGUUCCUUAUUCAUUAAUUGAAGAGUUCACAAACUCUUAUACAAGGUUGAAUUCAUUAUAUGUGAAGAACAGAAAAACAAUGCCAAAAUAUGUGCCUAACGUGUAGAACACACUUACACAGAUCACAAUACAACAAAUACGAAGUAAAUGUUAAGAAGUUGUACACGAGUACAACAAUUAAUCAAUUCAACUCUUUAUAUAUAAUUCAACAAAACAUCAGAUCUCUUCCACAAACGUGUGGUAAUAAGCUAAGCGUUCGAUCUGGCUGUCUUGCAAGUCGGUUAAA